CAGAGCUGUAGAGAGCAACAGAUAGUGUGCACUCUCGCUCAGGGAAUUGUAGGGAAUAGAACAUUUUUACAGACAUGAGGGAAAUCAUCUGAGUUUGAAUAUUAAGCUCAGCUGGAAUUUACUCUGGGAUUAUAAUAUACAUAAAUAAUAUAUAGCCAGGGAGGUUUUAGCAAAAGUGUUGAUUUGUUGCCUCACUGAGUGAAAAAGAGCCAAGAAUGAUCUUGCUCUCCAUCACGAUUUUUGCUCUGGUUCAUUCCGUGCUGGGCAAUUGUGAAACAGGAUGGAGGGAGUACGAGGACAGGUGUUACUUUUUCUCCAGUGAUUUUAAGAAAUGGCAUGAUGCUCUGGACACCUGUUUGAGCAAAGGAGGAAAUCUUAUGAGCAUCCUGAGCCUUCAUGAGAGGGUGUGGAUCAGUACGCAGAUCGGCGAGGCUAUUUACUGGAUCGGCCUGAACGAUAUCGUCUCUGAGGGGAACUGGGAGUGGAGCGAUGGUAGCAUUUAUUACCCAUACCUGGAGUACUGGAGACCAGGACAGCCAGAUAACUAUAAUGACAAUGAGGACUGUGGACAAGUGGAUGGGAAGAGCGACGGCCGCUGGAACGAUGAGCACUGCACAGCUCAGAGGCAGUACAUCUGCAAACGGGACAACGAAAACCCUACUGUGGUGUGCGAUGAGGCGAAUCAGUGGGAAAAGUUCGGUUCUAACUGCUACAAGCUUCACUACAUACAGAGAAAAAGCUGGGUCUCUGCCCGGACCGAGUGUUUGAGGGAGGGUGCUGAUUUGGUGUCUGUCGAAUCAGCAGAAGAGGAGCAGUACAUCUUAGGUCUGGACCCGUCUCAUUAUGACCUGUGGCUCGGCUUCUCCACCCUGAAAUGCACCUCAAUAUCAUGUCAAGUUGAACCCGACAGCACCAAGUUCACGUGGUCUGAUGCAGCAACCUUCAGCUACACACACUGGGCGAGCGGACAGCCUGAUCUCACCGAUAAACAGAACGGCCUGUGCACCGGUCUGGUCAAGGCAGGAGAAGAUUACGGGAAGUGGAGGACUCACCUGUGUCGCUCGGAACAUCCGUACGCGUGCAAGAGAGCCUUAAACACUGUCUGCCCGCUCGGCUGGGUGAGUUUUAAAGGAAGCUGCUACUUGGUUGUGAGCAACAGCCACCUGCUGACCAGCUGGCACGAAGCGCUGACCAGAUGCACCAGCAUGGGAGCCAACCUCCUGACCAUCAAAAAUGAGGAGGAACAAUACUUCGUCAACGCCAUGCUUCCUGACCUCCACCACAUAGACAUUCCCGACGUGUGGAUCGGAAUUUCAGAUAUGGACCAGGACGGCUCAUUUAGAUGGGUGGAUAAGACAAAUAUCGAGUUUUCCAACUGGAGCCCAAAUUUCCCAAAGAACACGGACAACAUGUGGGACUGCGGACAGAUAUACACAGGGAAUUACGCUGGGAAAUGGGAGACUGGAAACUGCUUUAAGGUCCAGGCAUAUAUCUGUAAGAUGUUAGGGGGACAGAAUGUGAAACCUACGCCUGCUCCAGAGUCUCACUGUGAUCAGGGAUAUCUUCUCUACGGAGAUCACUGCUAUUACUUCGAGAGUGAAUCCAUUAAAACGUGGGAGGACGCUGAAAACUACUGUGUGUCCCAGAAUGGACACCUGGCCAGCAUCCACGACCAGGAGACCGUCAGCUUCAUCACAGCACACAUCACCAGAGCGUCCUGGAUUGGACUCAAUGACCGUAAAGAAGAGUCAAAAUUCGUAUGGUCUGAUGGAUCAGCGACCGACUUCUUGCCGUGGGGCGAAGGUCAGCCGGAUAACUGGGGUGAUGAGGACUGCGUUCAAAUCCGGGGCACCGAGCACUUCGAGACGGGAAAAUUUAAUGAUAUCUUGUGCUCUCACACUUACCCAUUCAUCUGCAAGAAAGAUAAAGGAGUUGGUCCUCCACCAGUUCCACCCACCUCUGGACCAGGCUGGAAUGAGAAGUGUGGUUCGUGGGUUCCUGCCCCCUUUAAUGAUUACUGCUAUCACAUUGUUCCACUCUCCAUGCGUAAGUGGGCUGAAGCUCGUGCUGACUGUGUGCAUCAGAAUGGCGACCUUCUCAGCAUUACUGAGACCCAUGAGCAGAGCUUUAUUCAGGCUCACAUCCAGUCGGUUCCCACCGGCGUGUCUCUGUGGAUGGGAGGUCAUGACUCGGUCACAGAGGGAGGAUGGGAAUGGACGGACCUAUCUCCUUUCUGUUAUAUUAACUGGUCUCCAGGAAAUCCGGAUAAUUAUGACGGUGAGGACUGCCUCUCAAUCUACAUCAACAACGGCCUGUGGAACGACGACAACUGCGAUUAUCGCCGAGGCUACAUCUGCAAACGCCGCGGAAAUACACCAGAACCUCCACCGCCUCAUGAUGGCUACCUGACAGCAUACACAUGUGAAGGCUCCCCCAUGGUGCUCCACUGUGCCCAAAACAGCGUCAUCAACAUCCAGUCUGCCUUCUUCGGCCGCCGCAGUGACACGAUCUGUCCAUACGAAGUUGGGAGCACCGGUCAAUGCACGGUCCCGGGUAUGUACGAUCUUGUCAGUAAGCAGUGUGACAACCAUCAGGCCUGCUCCCUCUUCGCACAUACGGAUAACGACCCGUGCCCAACCAUUUCAAAAUACCUGGAGGUGGUGUACACCUGUGAACAGAACGUGUGUGUGAGAGGUCUAGGAGUCGAAGACGGCAACGUUACAGACUCGAUGAUCUCUGCUUCCUCAUCGAGGGCUGGAAAAGAACCUAAAUACGCUCGACUCAACGGGCAAUCCUGCUGGAUGCCUUCCAGCACCAGUAAUUCCUGGAUCCAGGUGAGCCUGCCUCUUUUAAAGAAGAUCACAGGAGUGGUGAUCCAGGGCUGCCCCACUGCCGAUGACUGGGUGACCAAGUUUACGAUCCAGACCAGCAAGGACGGAUACUCCUGGGAUGACUACAAGUUGGACGGAAAAGUAGAAGUGUUCUUUGGCGCAGUGGACAAAAGUUCUCCUGUGACACAGCUCUUCAGCCUGCCGGUGUCUGUGAAGCACAUACGAAUCGUUCUGUCCGAGUGGCACAACCAGGCCGGUCUGCGCUUCGAAAUCCUCGGCUGCACUCCAGACUAUGCCAUUAACUGUGGAACAAAACCCAACUUGGACCACUCUGUAGACAGACUGACUGUCCACUGUCCUGCUGGUUGUGCGGAACAACCCUACAGCGUGUAUGGAUCUCUUACUUACCGAGGGGACUCGACGAUCUGCGCCGCUGCCAUUCACGCAGGCGUGGUUCUUAACGAGCUCGGAGGAGACUGCACGCUCCUUAAAGCUCCAGGACUGAACUUCUACAUCGGCUCCCUCAGGAACGGCAUCACCACCAACCAAUACAACGGAGCUUACUCUGUAUCGUACCAGUUUGCUGAUGGAGAACUCAGAUGUUCAGGAAACGACUGGUACGAAUUUGGAGAGUUCUGCUACAAACCGCACUCAGACAAGAAGACCUGGUUCGAAGCUCUGGCUGCAUGCAGGAGACACGGCGCCGAUCUCGUCUCCAUAAUGUCCCUGACGGAACAGAGCUGGAUCGAGAGCUACCUCUACGAGGCCACCAGCGAUGUCUGGAUCGGACUGAACGACCUGGAGCACCCAGGAUACUUCGUCUGGUCGGACAAGCAUGAGGUGAAGUUCACCUACUGGGCUCCUGGAGAACCCAACAGUCACAUGGGCUUUAAGGAGGACUGUGUGGAGAUGUACCAUCAGUCGGGUCGGUGGAACGAUGUAACCUGCACUGAAAUGAACAGCUACAUCUGUAAAAUGGCUAAAGGUCAUUACCCUCUGCCCUCCAUUAAACCCACGGUGUACGGCUGCCCUGAGGGCUGGGAUGCUUUCGAGUACUCUUGUUACUGGUUUGAGCAGACAGCCAAGACCCGUGCCCAGGCCAAAGCUUUUUGCGAGAGUAAAAGCAGCGUACUCGUUCACAUAACAGACGUGUACGAGCAGAGCCACUUCACCGCGUUCCUAAGCAGUUUCUCGGGAAACUGGUGGAUCGGUCUGAGAGCGAAAGGGGAAAGCGCAGGAGUGAAUUAUCAAUGGGACAAUGGGACUGCACUUGUCUUUACACACUGGGACAGAGACUAUCCUGACGACAGCAAAGGCGACUGUGUCGCCAUGACGACGACGCCUCUCGCAGGAUUCUGGAGAAACAAGAACUGCGAAGACGCCCAUCCGUUCAUCUGCGAAUCCUACAGAAACGGCAUCUCUCCGCCCACCCUUGCCCCCACCCCAACCCCCGUCCCUGGAUGUCAACCUGGCUGGUAUGGCAAACCCCACUUCAGGCAGUGCUACAGGAUCUUCUCGGUGGAUUAUUCGAAGAAGAAAAGCUGGAAUGCUGCGCGAGAAGACUGUCUGUCCCGCGGAGCCGACCUCAUCAGCAUCCAUAACGUGGAGGAGGAGCUCUUCAUAGCCACUUACACCAAAGAUAAGACGCAGUGGAUUGGUCUGACUCAAGAGCCCAUGAGUGGAGGUUAUCACUGGAGCGACGGUACGCCUGUGGCUCACACUAACUGGGGCGACGGCGAGCCGAAUGACCACGGGGGUCGGGAGAGUUGCGUCGAGUUGGCUACCACGAAGAACGGCACAUCCUACUGGAACGACCUCAACUGCGAUGCCCAACAAGAUUGGGUGUGUAUGAUCGCUAAGGGCAAGCAACCCGUCGACCCCCCGGAGCCUCCUCCACCUUCACCAGCCCCCGACUGCGGAACCAAUCCCGGCUGGAGGAAACACAAUGGCGUGUGUUAUUACUACAACGACACGGACAUGGUGGACUUUUACACGGCUUUGGCACGGUGCUACAUGGAGAAGGCGCUGCUCGUCUCCAUCCUGGACCAGCAAGAGCAGACGUUCGUGUUGUCCAUGGUAGGAACAGGACAGAUCGAUUCUGCAUGGAUCGGGUUGCGGAUGUUCGGAGUCGUAAACGGAGAGUACUUGUGGGUAGACGGGUCUCCGAUGACGUACGUGUUCUGGGCCAAUGGAGAGCCUAAUAACGCAGACGGAGAGGAACAGUGUGUGCAGAUGUCGAGACAUCCAGGCACAUGGAACGAUGUGAACUGCGGCCGGGCGAUCUCGGGCUACGUGUGUAAGAAACUGCCAGGAGACGAUCACACUGCCCCGACUCCCACCCCGAAAUGGGACGGGAACUGCCCUGAGGGUUGGAUGCUUUUCCAUAACAAGUGCUUCCUUAUCAGAGGGAGAUAUGCACACAAUGAGAAAAGAGCGAACUGGACCUACGCACGGGAUUGGUGCAGAGAAAAUGAGGGACAGCUCGCUACCAUCGACGACAUCAACGAGAACGAUUUCGUGGCUAGUUACCUGAGAGACGUGGACCACGCGGCAUGGAUCGGGCUGUCCGAUGGAGCCUACGAGGGGAAGUUCGCUUGGUCCGACGGCGUGAGUCCCGUCCUGUUCACCAACUGGGCUGAUAAAGAACCCAACAACAACAAUGGCGAGGAGCACUGCGUGUCCAUGACUCAUAACCACGUAGUGACGGGCCGCUGGAACGAUGAGAAAUGUGACGAGGAAAGGAGUUGGGUGUGCUACAGGAAAAAAUCGAGCGAUCUUCCGGCUCCUCCCACAAGCAGCCUGUGUCGCUCGGACUACAUCUCCUGGUAUAAGAACUGCUAUAAGCUGGUGUCGCAGCCGAAGCCGUGGGAGGAGGCGCUGGCCGCGUGUAAGAAGGAGGGAGGAAACCUGGCCAGCGUAGAUAUGAGCUACGACCAGGCCUUCAUCUCAGCAGUGCUGCAGCAGAAUAAGGAGGACACGUGGAUCGGCCUGCGGCGCACAGACAACAGAGUGUACCAGUGGACAGACGGCUGGCCGGUGUUCUACACACACUGGGGUCCAGGAGAGCCGACCAAUCACGAAGAAGAGGGCUGUGUGAGCAUGCACGGCCGUUCCUUCUUUAUCCAGGGCACGUGGAACGACACGAAUUGCAAACUUGCCAAGCCGUACCUGUGCAAGAUCUCUCACGAGUCGCCUCCUCCGACCCCACCUCCAGGAAACGGCGAGUGUUUGGAAGGCUGGCAGGCGUACGGAAGUCACUGCUAUGAAAUACAUAAUGGAAGUCGGGCUCUCUCCUGGCCCGAAGCACGGCACAAGUGCCAGGAGACCGCGGGCAGCGAAUUGGCGUCAGUGCACAGCAGAGCCGAGGCGACGUUCCUCACGACCGUCAACACCGGAGGCGACAACUUGUGGCUCGGCCUCACCAGGGACGGCUCAUUUGGUUGGGCCUGGACUGACCAGAGCGCUCUACAGUUCACCAACUGGGCCCAGGGCGAGCCGAACGGCAACAUUUUCGAGGGGACCCGAGAGGACUGCGUGGAAAUGUACAAGGAUGGAAAAUGGAACGACAACAGCUGCUACGACAAGAGAGGCUACGUCUGCAGACGACGCCAGCAUCCUUCCGGAGGAGGAGGGGGCACUUCUACUACUGUCCCCAACAUCCAUCCUCAUGCAGGAGCGAUCGCCGGGGGUGUAAUCGGAGCUCUGUUGGCCGUGGUGAUCAUCGUAUCUGCGUUGUACUACAUCUUUAGGGUUAAGGGAGUGAAGCUGAGCAGCAUCAGCUUCCCGAGCAGGAAGGCGAAUCACGUCGACGUGCCCGCAUUCAACAACCCGAACUUUGGUGGAGAAUCCGACACAUGACGUGGUGAAGUGGGCGUGGCUAAAAGCUGUACAGAAAGUGGAGAAACUACAGUUAAAUCAAUAUAUAAUCCAUUAAGUUUCUUUUUGAAGUUUUAAAUGUUGGUGAUUUAAUUUGUUUUAUUAUUAUUAUUAUUAUUAUUUUUAGGAUUUAUCAAAGCUAAAAAGAAUGCAUCAAUGUUGCCUGUAUAUAGAUUUCCAUCCCUUCAUUACUACUAAGAUACUGAAUAAAAAAAGAACAAGUA